CUGCGCGUCCCGUCAGCGUGUUACAAGGAGGUUUCACCAGUGGUUCACAGUAGAAAAUGGCGAGUUGGUGUGUGCGAGCAGUGAGGCAGAGCUACUCACUCGUAGCUUCCCCUGGGUUAAUAAGAGCAUAUCCACGAUUGCUCUGCACAGCCACCCAGCAGAAGAAUGGCCACGGGUCGGAGGAGGCGGAGAAGCCGGAGCAGAGUGCAGCAGAGACACUCCUGAUGGAGGAGAAGACCCAGCUGGAGGACCAGCUGAAAGACAUGACAGAAAAGUACAAGAGAGCGUUAGCGGACACAGAGAACCUCAGGACGAGGACACAGAAGAUGAUAGAAGAUGCUAAAUUAUACGGGAUCCAGGGCUUCUGUAAGGACCUGCUGGAGGUGGCCGACGUCUUGGAGAAGGCCACAGAAAGUGUGCCCAAGGAGGAGGUGACGACCAAGAACCCUCACCUGAAGAACCUGUACGAUGGCCUGGUGAUGACCGAGGUCCAGAUCCAGAAGGUCUUCACCAAGCAUGGCCUGGUCAAGCUCAACCCUGACGGCCAGAAGUUUGACCCCUACGAGCAUGAGGCGCUUUUCCACGCCCCCGUGGAGGGCAAGGAGCCUGGCACCGUUGCCGUAGUAACCAAAGUGGGCUACAAACUUCACGGUCGCACCCUGAGGCCGGCAUUGGUGGGCGUGGCCAAAGCCCCCUAGAAAGGGUGAUGCAACUGUGUCAAAAUGUGAUUUGCUUUGUUGCCUGUGCAUCGGAUGACCUCAGGUACAACAGACUGGUUGAGGGUCAAAGAGACCGGAACCCAACUGAGCUGGACUUUGUAGCUUGACAAUAUCCACCAGUCUUUUAACGGAUACAUUUACACAUACACUUUGUCUGGCACAGGACAGUCUUUACAGUAGAAUUUUAAACUUGUCAUGUGAGUCAUUUCAGAGUCAGUUAUAGUCAGACAGGGUUAAUGUCUCCUCCUACAACCAUCAGUCCUAACUGAAAGAGACACAGGUGAAACCUAAUGUUAAACAAAUUAUCCUAAACUGAUUUAAAAUCCAUCCCCACAUUGAGUAGAACUGAUUCUGAACUGUUGGUAUCAUUCCAGACUUUUGUUUAAAGCCCUAAUAAUCUUGAACUUGACUCCUCAGUUUUCUUGUUUGUGUGUUUUUAAAUUAAUUCUGUGAAUAAAGUAAGGAGCAGGAGGCUACUUGAGGAUCUGAAGAUAGGUUGGAUGUUUUUACGAUUAAGAGCUGGACUUCCUAAAGCCUUCAAGGUAACAAUAGCCUUCUCUUGUUCAUUUGGAUGCGAUCAGGCUCUGGUAAGACGGCUGCAGUAGUUCUGACUUUCCUAUACAACGAUUUGGCUCAGCGGUGCCUGACAAUAAUGUAACAGCUUUAACUGUAAACCAUUAGAAUAAUUAUGUAAUAUUUGUCAAAGCACCAGAAUAAAUUGAUCAACUUUAGAAACUUGGUUUAGUGCUCUUCUUUUACACUCAUCCUGAAAUUAAUCAAAAAGAAAUUCUCACUUAGUGCAGAGCUUUUCAA